AUGGGUCUCAUCCCUACAUCUUCGGAUGACGAGAACGAGGGAUAUCUGGUCCGUGCAAUCAAUCGUGGCCAAUAUGAUUUCUUUACGGCUUUUCUUGAUUUGUAUAAGGUUCAAGACUCACUCAUCCAUCUAUCGCUUAUGAACUAUGUAAUAGCAAUAGGAAAUGACAAGAUGCUAAAGCUUCUUAUUGAACGAGGCAAUAGUGCUGUCAAAAGCCAUGAUCAGCAUCCAGAAUCCAGUCCUUUACGUCAUGCAAUUUCGUGUAGAUUCGGCUCUACACCUGAGAUUUUGGAAAUUUUGAUUGCCGCUGGGGCCUUUAUAGACUGUGAUAUUAUGAGAGGGAUCGUCUCGAAAGGUAGCCCUAAGGCCAUACGCAUGGUAGUUGAAAAAGGGAUAACAUUCAAAAUAGACGGGGAGCUAUUACAUAGGACUGUUUCACGAAGUGAUCCUGAGGUCCUUCUUAUUCUCCUUCCUCUGAUAAUCUCUAGUGAGAUUUUGAACGAGCGGUUUGACGGGCUCUCCGCCCUCCAUCGUGCUUUGUUACAUCCGACCCCACGGUGUGCCGUGCCUCUUAUCAAAGCUGGUAUCGACCUUGAUACCUUGGAUCAGAAGAACAUCACUCCGUUGCAUUAUGCCCUGUUGGGUCGCCAUUUCGAUAUCGCCAUUGUAUUGAUCACUGCGGGGUGUCGGCUUAAUGUUGGCACUAUGUUGCGCGGUAGCGAACUACAUUAUGCCAUACGACCUAACAGUCGCGUCCACGACUCAUAUGAUGACUCGGAUGAUGAUGAUCAAUAUAUGGAAGUUGAGUAUAUUGACUAUGCCUUCGGUGACUACCACGUUGGUGGUUUCCCCGAUGAUGAAGACUAUGAGAAGAAGAAGCCAGCUUCCUUGCUGACCGUUGUCUACCUACUGCUGGCUCAUGGUGCAGAUGUUGACUUACAUGGUACCCAUACCAAUCAAGUUAAUAGGAACCUUCCGGGAAUCCAUUUGGAAACCCCUCUGUGGCAUGCAAUUAAACAUGGGUAUAGGGAUGUAGUUUGGGCGAUUCUCACGAUGGGAUCUCAUCGUCCAGAUUUGACUAUCACGGAUCUGGCCGGUCGGACACCUCUUCAGUUUGCUAGGGAGCGUGGGAACCGACACAUUAUCCGUAUGUUGGAGGAGUAUGAGGAGUCUCCAUGGAUGAUGCCUAGAAGUCACCACCGCGUAGCUUAA